CAAUACCUGACUGGGCAGCGGCUGCCAGCCUUGCGGGUCCCGGGCGGCGCUCCCUCCUCGGCACCGGGAUGAUCGGCCAGAAGACGCUGUACUCCUUCUUCUCCCCGGGGCCCGUCAGGAAGCGGUGCUCCCGCAGCCCCGAGCCGGGGGCCGGCGUGGCGGCGGUAACUGAGGAGAGCGGGGAUGCGGCGGCCAGCCCGGCCAAGAGGCCCCGGGCCGCGCAGGAGGACCCCGGCACGCCGCCCUCGUCGCCGCUCAGCCCCGAGCAGCUGGUGCGCAUCCAGAGGAACAAGGCCGCCGCCCUGCUGAGGCUCGCCGCGCGCAACGUGCCCGUGGGGCUGGGCGAGAGCUGGAAGAAGCAGCUCAGCGGGGAGUUCGGGAAGCCGUACUUCAUCAAGCUCAUGGGAUUUGUUGCAGAAGAAAGAAAGCACCACACUGUGUAUCCACCCCCCCACCAAGUCUUCACCUGGACUCAGAUGUGUGACAUAAGAGAUGUAAAAGUUGUCAUCCUGGGACAGGAUCCCUAUCAUGGACCCAGUCAAGCUCAUGGGCUUUGCUUUAGUGUUCAAAGACCUGUUCCACCUCCACCCAGUCUGGAAAACAUUUAUAAAGAGCUGUCUACAGACAUAGAUGGUUUCGUUCAUCCUGGUCACGGAGAUUUAUCUGGGUGGGCCAAGCAAGGUGUUCUCCUGCUCAACGCUGUCCUCACUGUCCGGGCACAUCAAGCCAACUCUCAUAAGGAGAGAGGCUGGGAGCAGUUUACUGAUGCAGUUGUGUCCUGGCUGAAUCAGAACUCCAGUGGCCUCGUCUUUUUGCUCUGGGGCUCAUAUGCUCAGAAGAAGGGCAGUGCCAUCGAUAGGAAGCGGCACCACGUGCUGCAGACAGCUCACCCCUCCCCGUUGUCUGUGUACAGGGGGUUCUUUGGGUGUAGACAUUUCUCUAAGACCAAUGAGCUGCUGCGGAAGUCUGGCAAGGAACCCAUCAACUGGAAGGAUCUGUGACCCUGCACCAAGUCGGGGCCUCCACUGGUGUUGAAGUAUUUGCCAGUUAAGAUGUUGAGUUGAAAAAAAUGAUUUCCCUGGUAAUUCUUAAGCACUCUUGUAUAAAAGGGAAAGCUUCAGUUCCGCAGCCGUGAGCCAGGCUGCCCAGCAGCAGCGGCUUCAUCCAGCCAAAAAAAACAAAGAUGGCAGCACGCGCCUGUGUCUGUGCAGCAUGGCUUUGGCCUACACAAGCCAUCAGUUGAGCUCCUCAGAAAGGAGAUGAGGUCAGAUACUCUUUCUCCCCUCUGUUAGCCUGCAUAAUAGCAAAAGUGGGAUGAGGGGAGCCCCUUUUGGUGCCUGUUGCUACUCAUUUUUACCUAUUAGAUCAGACUUAGAUUAUAAGGGGCUAAGUUUUUUUAUUUGGAAAGGCCUCCCUUGGCCCCAGGAUGGUCUUUGAAGCCAGCCAAGUCCACAGCUUCCCUUGGUCUUCCACACAGCCACAGGCCUCCAGAAGGAAGCAUCAUGGGGACUUUUUUUUUUUUUUUUUGAAAGCUUCAAAAAAUCUAGCCCUGAAAUUGGGGGAUCAGCCACCUGGUUGUAGUCGAGAAGAACAUUCCCAAGGAAUGAUCCUAAAGGAUGAGCAGGCGGAGGUGAGCUGGCUUAUGUUUACGCUUUACUGUGGGUGUUUCUAGGAAUAAUUUGUGAAAGUUUAACAGGAAUGAGAAAGGGUUUUAUUGUUUUUUUUAAAGAGGAAAUGUUUUCUCUUAGGUUUAUCCUGACUUGGGGUUUUUAAGGCAGCGUUGAUUGCGAAAUGUUUUAUAAACUGAAAUUGCUUUUGGAACACUGGAGAAUUUUUUCCUUUAAUUAGAUGUAUAUAUUUGUUUAGUCCCUUGUUUAAGAGACAAUCUUUAUUCUGUACCUCUCCUAGAUCCUGGUAGUAAUAGUUUUUGCUCUUAGCUGAGUGAGAGUUAAACCUGCCUGUUUGGUAAUAAAGAUUGUUGGUGUUUCACUUUGUGCCAAGUGCUCUUCCUGGGCUUCCUCUCUGGGCCCUGGCGUCUGCAGAAGUGUUUGGGCUGCCCUGGACGCCCCCCAUGGGACAGGGGUUGCCUGGUAACCAUUGUAUGGGAAAGAACCAGCCCCAGGUCUUCCUUGCCUUUCCCUUUGAUGGAACCACCCACCCC